UUUGUAUUUUUGGCGGCGUGGGAAGAGGUGCCCAGGGCUGUUUGUUUUCAGGGCAAGGGCCGGCUGCGCCUGCGCGAGGGCUCCAUGGGGGACCUGAGGAACGUGUUCCGCAAGGCGCCUGUGACGCUGCGGCGCGCUCUGGUCGAGGGGCGGCCGGCGCUGUUGCUCUCUUUCAGCGGGGGCUUCCGCUUUGUGGACGUGCACUACCGCUACCAGUACUCCAUCCCGCUCAUCUCGCACUCCGGCUACGUGCAGGUGACUUUUAUUGUUGAACGAAGGAGGGAAGAAAAGGCACGCUCUGGUGCUGUUUGGUUUGAUCGGCGAUGUAUUAAUUGA